AUGACCAGUGACCCGGCUCGCCUGCGAAACGCCGUCACAUCUAAUGUCUGGUUAGAUUUGUUUAAGAAAGGCCCACUACCAAACCGAGGAAAUGGAGUUUUCGCUAUGCAGAGGCACACGAAAGGUCAGGUGGUCAUUGAUAAUGGCGGACAUUAUCUUUCCGGCAAGGAGGGGGAUGCCAAAUAUUAUGCAGGCUCUGAUGGAGGCAUGGGCUACAUGAUUAAGUUUCGGUUUGGUGACAAGUGGCACUACAGAGAUGCUUCCACGGACGACGGCCACAUGGGGCGGCUGAUUAACCACAGCGCCUGUUGCCCCAACGUCAAAGGUAAUCCCAUUGAUAUCUUUGGGGAUGGCAAACCGGUCAUAGUCUACACAGCAACCAAGGUAAUUUUUUCAGGAGAUGAAAUUCUACUUGACUACAAUGAUAGUCAAUCAUCUGCCGAGUUCCUGAAGAAAUGUCCCGUUUGUCAAGGAGAUCCGCUCCGAAAUAAUGCACUGGUUGCUGAGCCGGAUAAUCAACCACCCAAGAAGCGUAGGAAACAGGUCAUUUAG